GCGAUGCCAGGAGGAGGAAAGACAGAUGCGGGGGUGCUGCUUCUCGCCCAGAAAGAGUUUGGGCAGUGAUGUCCUGAGCUCUCAGCUGCUUUUUUGGAGUGUUUUAGCGGCUCAAACUCGCUGCAGUCAGCAUGAGCUCGUUUGCUGGCCGCAUGAAGGAGUAUCCCAGCAUCUCUCUGGACCGAUUUGACCGGGAGAAUUUGCACGCCAGAGCUUAUUUUCUCUCUCACUGCCAUAAAGAUCAUAUGAAAGGGUUGAAAGGACCUUUUCUGAAGAGAAAACUGAAGUUCAGUUUAACAGUCAAGCUGUACUGUUCAUUUGUCACAAAGGAGCUCCUUCUUAAUAACCCCAGAUAUGCAUUCUGGGAAGAUUAUAUUGUCCCACUGGAACUGGACAGUCCAACUCACAUAUCUCUGAUAGAUGAAAUCACUGGAGAGUCAGAGGAUGUUGUUGUUACUCUGCUUCCGGCGGGACACUGUCCAGGAUCAGUCAUGUUUCUGUUUGAGGGUGCUCAGGGUACAGUGCUGUACACAGGGGACUUCAGACUGGCUGUCGGAGAUGCAGCUAGAAUGGAGUACUUGCACUCUGGAGACAGGGUAAAAGACAUUCAGAGUGUGUAUAUCGACACCACAUUCUUUGAUCCCAAGUAUCAUCAGAUCCCCAGCAGGGAGGCUUGUUUGGCAGGGAUAAGGCAGCUGGUCCAGGACUGGAUCUGUCAGAGUCCGUAUCAUGUUGUUUGGUUAAACUGUAAGGCAGCGUACGGUUAUGAGUACCUCUUUACCAAUCUGGGACAAGAGUUCAGCUCACAGAUACACGUGAACAGCUUGGAUAUGUUCAAAAAAAUGCCUGAAAUUCUGUGUCACGUGACCACCGACCGUGCAACACAGAUUCACGCUUGUAGGCACCCCAAGGACGAGGAGUUCUUCAGGGCAAACAGGUUACCGUGUGGCUCCACAGCUCCGGAUGGCAUUCCUCUAAACAUAAUCAGCAUCAAACCCUCAACCAUAUGGUUUGGAGAACAGACCAGAAAGACCUCUGUCAUUGUCAAGAUGGGAAGUAGUUCCUACAGAGCAUGCUUUUCUUUUCAUUCCUCUUAUUUGGAGGUUAAAGACUUUCUCUCCUACAUCUGUCCUGUUAACAUCUAUCCUAAUGUCAUUCCGUUGGGAAAGACACUGGAAGACGUCAUGGCGCUGUUGAAGCCAUUGUGUAGAAAACAGUCUGGAAGGGAGGAGAUUGUCUACAAACCACUUGGGGUCCUCAAAAGAACCAGAAAGAGGUGCACAUCAGAAGGCUCAGAUGGUGAUAACGACCUUUUUGAGGAGGUUUCCACAGCUCCAAGGCGGCGAAAAAUAACAGUGACCGACCUGACCAAGGUUGCCGUUAGUGAACAGCCUCGUAGCCCUAAAAAAGGUUCUCAUGAUACGGACCCAAUGUUUUCCUUCAUAGAGCCCUGUCUUGCCACACACUCUACCAAUUACAUGGACUGCACUGAAUCAAAUGAUGACGACGAUGACGAUAAUGACAAAGAUGAUACUGAGCAACCUCCUAUAUCUCACCCAUCUGAUGUUGCUCCACCUCCUCCACCUUGCACAGAAAUGCCAUCCUCAAAACUGACUCAGUCAGACCCAUCCCAAUCCAAAACAACUCCGCCUUGUUGGCAAAAGUUCUUCAAGGCGGAACCAGUGUUGACGGAUGAGAGCGAACUGGAUAACAGUCAGAACAGCCACAACCCGAAAACACUCGCCACCGAAAACACAGAGUCCCAGUCACCGGAGCGGUUUCAGGAUGAAGAUGAUGACAGCAGCUCUGUUCACUUGACUUCCUCACAGUCCACUCAUAUAUCGGACGCAGAGACGGAGAGCCUCAGUCAAAUGGACACUGUUCUUGUCCAAGUGGAUGAAAGUAAGGCCGUUACUAGUGAGCAGAGUAACCGAGGGACCAAUGGCGAGGUGGUGUCAGAUGUGAUUGACAGCCGUAAUGUUGAACCCAAGGAGGAAGAAGCCAUGGAGCCUAAAUCAGACUCACAGGUAUCAUCAGAUUUUGAGCUUCCGCCAACACCAGGGUCCAAAGUCCCACAACCAGAAGACCUGAAGGAACUGUACAGGAAGUUGGCAGCAGGGGAGGAAGUGGUCAUAAGACAGAUUUUUUGAUUUCAUGUUUGAAUAUUAAUUUCUGGUUUGUUGUACGACAGCUUACCUCAUGGAGUUUUGUAUCUUUAUAAAUAUAAAUUAAAAGUUCU